AUGUCAGCACUCAAUUCGGAUGUACGGGAUUUUAGUUGGAGCUCACGCGAAGGUGGGAUACCCAUAGUGCUGAAAAGGCUUUUCAAAUCACCGAAAAACCUUGAUUUUGAAUCUGCAUUACAUGAAAUGAUGAAUCUCGUCUUCAGGCCACGUACGGCCUACCGAUCGCUCUACUAUCAACGACAAACAAAAAAUAGAUGGGCCAGAGAUGAUCCGUCUUUUUUCCUGCUACAAAUCGGGCUACUUACAAUAAGUUCAAUCGUAUGGUCCGCGGUGUACGGCCAUUCUUUCUCUGGGUUCUUCAAAAUGUUCAUUAACAUGAUUUUCGUCGACUUCUUUCUCACUGGGUUUGCAAUGGCAACGCUUUUCUGGACAGUGUUGAACCGGCGGUUUUUCAAGUUUCGGUCUGCAUUCGACUCUAAAGUCGAAUGGGCGUAUUGUUUUGACGUCCAUUGUAAUGCGUUUCUUGCGGUUUGGUGCUUACUCUAUUUUCUCCAGUUUCUGUUGAUUCCGGCUAUCAACCUUCAUAAAUGGAUUGGCCUAUUCAUCGGAAACACCCUCUACUGUGGCGCUUUCGCACAUUAUUUCGUUUUGACAUUCUACGGCUACAGUCAGUUGCCCUUCUUGAAGAACAUCAAUUUCAUUCUUUUGCCAACUCUGGGACUGGCGUGCUUGUACUUGGUCAGUUUGUUUGGAAUCAAACUUUCUGACGUUUUGAGUUUUCGUUCUUAUUCCUCAUCAUGA